UGGCAGGACGCUUACUCCACGACGAGAGAUAUUGGCAUUUUGCUAAAAAUGGAUGCCGGGGUGUUAAGCAGGGAGACGAAGAAGUUAUAAAUAUGGCCGCAUGUAUUCCCCAGUCUCAUGCAAAUCCCAAGAUCUUCCAGAACAUCACACUCCCCUCUCUUAAACUUUAAUCAUACUUCUUCAUCUCGUUGUACAUGAUGCACUCCGUUUCUAAGGGUCUUCUCCUGGUGCUGAGCAGCCACCUGCUCGCUGCUACUGCCCGUCCUGUGGCCACGGAGACUUCCACUGCCACAGCCACUGAAACUCCUGCAAGCUACGGAGAUUACGGCAACUAUGGCAACUACGGCAACUACCAAGCCUACAAGAGGGACGGCGAGCCUGAGGCGGAUGAGACGACCAGCAGCGUGUCGUCGACUGCCUCUGCCACCUCCACCACUGCUGCGGGAUAUGGCAACUAUGGCAACUAUGGAGACUACGGCACCUAUGGUAGCUACCAAAACUACAAGCGUGGCGAAGAGCCCGAUCCCAGCUUGAGCACCACCACCACUAUCCCUACCACCACCACUAUCCCUACCACCACCACUAUCCCUACCACCACUGCCCCUGCUAGCUACGGCGACUACGGCAACUAUGGGAACUACGGAAACUAUGGCAGUUACGAGGCCUACAAGCGUGGCGAGGAGCCUGACCCCAGCUCCACCACCACCACCGCGGUCCCUACGACCACUGCACCGGCCAGCUAUGGCGACUAUGGCAACUACGGCAACUAUGGCAACUACGGUAGCUACGAGGCGUACAAGCGUGACGAGGAGCCCGAGGUGAGCAGCACUGCUUCUGCGACGAGCUCGACCGAGUCUGCGACCACGACUGCGGCGAACUAUGGCAACUAUGGAAACUACGGCAACUACGGCAAGUAUGCCAGCUACGGCUCGUACAAGAGGGAUGCUGAGCCCCAGCCCGAGCAGGACAGUGAGUCCUCGACCACCUCUGCUGCUAGCACGACCACUGCUGCUGCGGGAUAUGGGAACUAUGGCAACUACGGCAACUAUGGAAAGUACGCUUCUUACGGCAGUUAUUAAAGGGGGUUGAGUGCGUGAUGAUAUGGAGGACAAGUGUUACCUGAGCAAAAGUUCAGGGUGAUGCUGCUGGAUUGGGAGAUCAAUCAUGAUGAUGAUGUCUAAGAAUGUGUUAUUCUGUUGUAUUUAUUAGCAAUGGAUUAGUUAACUAGAUAAUAUAUAUGUAGCGUUGCUUGUUCUUGAA